AGAUUAAAUCAUCGACAAACAACGACUAACGGCCUCUCCACACACCCCCUCUCUUUCGUUUUCUCUUCCUCCACGAAGGACUCCGCAGUUUCCCUCUCCUUUCCUUCUCCUUUCCCCUCUUUCCAGAGCCACCGCAUCCCCCGCGGCUCUCUCUCCCCUGCCCCCUCUCUGCUCUCUGCUCUCUAGCGCUUUCACGGAGCCGAGAAUGACGGACCUGUCCGGGGCGGAGCGGCGGCACGAUGAGCCUGACAGCGCGGACGACGAGGCGAAGAAGGCGGUGCACCAGCUGGACACGCGCAACGUCGCGCGGCUGAGCGAGCUGAAGCGCUUCGUGUGCCUGACAGCGGCGUGCUUCGCCAUGAUCUGCGCGUCCACGUCGUACGCCUUCAACCUGUUCAGCGGGAGUCUGCAGGCGGAGUACAACUACGACUCGCGCGCCAUGUCGACGAUCAACUCCGUGGGCAUGGUGUUCGCGUACUUCCUGAUGCCGUACGGGUUCAUUUGCGACUACUUCGGCCCCUUCCCCGUCUACGUGAUCGCGACGACCUACUUCUCGCUGGGUGCGCUACUGAUGGGCCUGACGUUCCAGGGCGUUGUGACGGGCAGCGUUGUGCGCUUCUGCGUGUUCAACGCGCUGCUGAGCCUGGGCAGCCAGCUGUUCGACCUUGCGAGCAUGACGGCGAUCGUGAGCAUCUUCCCGACGCGCAAGGGCUGGGUGAUCGCGCUGCUGAAGACGCUGAUGGGGCUGGGCUCCGCGAUCAUCGCGGCCAUCCAGACCGGCUUCUUCGCCACGACGCCCGCGAACUACUUCUACUUCCUGAUGGCGCUUGUGAUCGUGGUGGCUGCGUGCGUGAUGUCGCUGGUGCGGUUGCCGUCGUAUCACCUGACCGGCUACGAGCAGCGCCACCUGAGCGAGGAGGCGAAGGAGCGGCGCAUGGAGCACCGCGUGAGCUACCUGACGCAGGAGCCGCCGAUGUGGCGCUUCUACUACGGCAUCGUGGUGAUCCUUGUGCUGGUGGUGUACCUGCCGGCGACGAGCGCGGUUGUUGCGUUUUGCGGCAUCCAGCAGAACGGCAAGCGCGCGAUUGCGAUUGUAGCCAUUGUGCUGACGCUGCUGCUGCUGUGCAUCAUGGCGCCGUGCCCGUGGCUGGACCGCCUGACGACGAAGAGGGGCGCCAACUUGGAGGACGAGGAGUCGGAGGAGUGCAUGGCAGACGAGCCGCUGGAGCUGGAGGGGCUGCCGGCGGAGAAGCGUCUGGCGACGUCCUCGUCCGCCUCGACUCCGGACGACGAGCGGCGCAACCGCAGCGGGGAACCCGUCGACGACGACCUCUGCCGCGACGACCUGCAGAUGAACGCGAGCGAGGAUGCGGCCGCGAAGUGCCGCGGGGGCGCCGUGAAGACGGACGUGGACUUCGUCGCCCCGCAGUUCCAGACGACGUUCCUGCAGAGCUGCUGCACGGUGCGGCUGUGGUGCAUCUUCUGGACGAUGUUCUGCGGUCUCGGCUGCGAGUUCGUGAUCAUCUUCAACGCCCGCUUCAUCUUCCAGGCGCUGACGGAGGCGGAGACGCUGGACUCGACGAUUGCCGCGCUGCUGACGGUGCUGAACGGUGCGGGUAGCGCUCUGGGACGUCUCUCCAUGUCAUUCUUUGAGAUGUAUACGCAAACGCAGCGUCCGGAGGACCGCAUCCUCAUCACGUACGCCCUCUUUGUGCCGACCACGUUUCUGAUCGUGUCGAUUGCGCUAUUCUUGGCGCUGCCGGGCCGCUCCCUGCUGCUCGCGUACUCAAUUGCGGCGCUGGGCAACGGCUUCUGCGCGAGCAUCACGAUCUUGGUGGUGCGCACCAUCUACGCAAAGGACCCUGCGAAGCACUACAACUUCGGCAUCAACGCGCUGGUGCCGGCGGCCAUCCUGCUGAACCGCCUGCUGUACGGCGAGUGGUACGCGGUGCAGGCGGACAAGCAGGGCCGCAAGGUGUGUCUGGGCCGCGGCUGUGUGCUGAUGCCGAUGCUUGUGAUGAUGGGCCUGAACAUGACGGCGUUCCUGUCCACCGUCUACGUGCACUUCAACUACCGCAACUUCUGCCGCAAGGUGAUGGCGGAGCGCCGCCGCAUCAAGGAGGAGGGCGAGGAGGCCGCUGCGACGCGUGGGGUGGAGGAGGCGUCGCAGAUCGCGUAGAGAAGGAACGGAAGAACACGGAAGGGUGCCAUUCACUCGGUCUCCCCUCCCUUUUUUUUCUUGCUUCUCCCCUUUGCAUAAGCUUCUACUCCCUCUAAAGUGCAUGUUGAUCCCCUGCGUCGGCGCACUCCGCGGAACGGGCCAACGUAACCCAGCGAAAGGAGUGUGUCUGAAAGUGUAGUCGGUGACGUUUUUGUGCGCUGGCGUGAGUGCUACGUCACCACCCCUCAGACGUGUUCUUUCCCCCCACCUUUCUCUUGGUGCUGUGCAUUUCGCCCUGUCUGUUAAAGUUUUGUGUUUUUCGCCGCAGCGCCGAAUUCGUCGCGAUCGUGCGGCUUCGCCCCCUCCCUCCCCGCUUCAUUAUUAUUAUUAUAUAUAUAUAUAUAUUUUUUUUUUUUGGUCCCUCUCUGUUUUAGUGGCAGUGUUGUAGUUCCCCAUCAGGCCAAGAGGCGAGAGGCGAGAAGAGAGAGAGGCGGGUGAGGGAGGAGAAACAGAAUGGCGGUGAAGGAAAUAAUAGAAUCAUGAUUAUUGAGCUCAUCUGGUUGUUGGAGUUGUGCCUUCGGCAGGACGCUGUGUUAUGGAAACGCAACAAAGAAAGAAGAGGCAUAAAGCUCCUGCCCUCCCCUCCCCUCCCCCCGUUUCUCUCUCCUCCCUUCUAGAUUUCCUGUUUUAGUUGUUGUUGUUCUUCCAACGUAUUUACGGGGUCAGUGCGUUAAAUAGAUUCAUCUCCCUCCCCUCUCCCCCCUCACCUUGUCAUCCAUCUGCGCCCUCUUCAAGAUUUUUUUUUCUAUGUUUGCUUGCUUGUGUGCUUUUCACCUUCGCGAGGUCUUCGUUCGCCACCACAAUUAUUUCCUCCUCUUCUUCUUGUCUGCCUGACGCGGUUUCCUUGAGCGGGGGUUUUUCAUUUUUUUUUGUUUCUGUUUGCGUGGCUGCUCUCUUGACAGGAGAAAGACCGCGGAUGCUUCUCUCCUUGUUCUCUCCCUCCGAUUCUAUCCGGAGAGAGAAAUGGCAGAUGAGGGAUGAGAGGACAGUCAGAGGCAAAGCCGGGCCUGUAGGUGCAUGGCAAACGGUAUUCCAAAAAAAACAACAGAGAAAUAAAGGGGAAAGAAGUGUGAUGUGAACUGGCUACACGGAGGUGCACAAGACGAAGAGAAAGGAAGGAGGGAAAGAAAAAAAGCUUAUCGCUAACACAACUGCUGGAAACGCUUUUUCUUUCUUCUCUUUUUUUUUCCUUUGCUCAAACGGAAGAGACACAGGUGGGUUUUUUUUGUGUAUGUAUGUGUGUGAGUCGGCGCGCCGGAGGCUUUUGGCCCUCCUCCCCCCCCCCUCCAAAAACGAUGAUAUAUCACACAGACACACGUACCAAGUCUCUUUCUUUCUCUCCCCCCCCCCGCGAAAAGACCAGCUUAAAGGACACCUAAGCACACUUUUCCGGCGCUCUUUUAUAUAUAAAUUCUGGUAUAUUUACGUAUUUCCUCUUUUUGCUUUGUUUUCGGCCGCAUGGUUGUUGUGUUUUCUUUUGUUAAUAUAACGACUAAGGUCACGCACACGACCGUGUUAUCUUCGCUUUCGUUUUGUCAGCCGCAUUUUCCAUCAUUCUCCCAUUUUCUUUUCUUUGCCUUUCUUUUUUUAGAAUUAUUCUCGCAUAAAAGAACCAUCGAAUUAUCUUCAUUUUGUUGUUAAACUUCCCCCCUCUUUCUUUUUCUAGUCCUCUCUUUUUCUUGUUUUUGAAGGUUCGCAGCCUCUAUCGCCAACGGAACGGCGAAGGAAGCUGAAUUGACGUGCGACAUUCGACAGCAGCCGCUCGAAACGUGUCGCAGCAUCCGCGAAUAAAAGAAAUUUUUUGUUUCUUCUGCUUCCUGUCCAAAGAAAAAGGGAAGAAAAAAGUCUACUGUGCGUUGCGCUCCACCUCAUCGAGAUCGGACGACGAUGACGACGUAAUGAGCAACAACGAUAGUAGGAGCAACGAGGACGAUGAAACACGAGGCCUUUUUGAAAAAAAAAUUAUAGUUUUCGCCUGUACACGCGUAGUCUCUCUCCUUCCCUCUCUCUCUCUCUCUCGAAGGAUUGGCCUGUCUGACAGGCGACGACGACAGCAGCGAAAGGCUCUGGAUCUCGAAUUUUUUGUUUGCUCGUGGGAUGCGUUACGCUUUAAGGUCACCAAAGCACUCACCCACCUUUUCUCUUUUGCCAAACGGCUAAUACUUCUUUAUGGGCCUUUUUCCCUGCUCUUUUGUUUUUGUGUGGGUUUAUAGCACUGCACUUCUUCUCUUCAAAAACAAUAAUUCCGGACGUACGGCGGCACCCAUUCAAGAAGGAGUACCGAUGCGAGUCGUAUUCAUCUUGUUUCCGCACCUGCGACACCUUUUCUUUUUUCUCUCUUUCUUUCCUUUGUUUUUCUGGUGUAUAAUGGAGUCCUUUGUCUCCUCCUUUCCCCACUCACGUCCUGUGCACAUCAACCUCUAUGUGUGCUUCUGCCCGUUGAAUUGAUGAGGUGCAUGGUGCCCUCAAAGACGCAUCGGUUAUCUGUGCGCAUCGACACGAACCUUAACAUCGAAGAAAACCGUUUCUCUUCACGUAGCAGGCGAUGGCUUAUUGCAAGCGAACACCAGCACACGCUCGAAAGCGCGUGCGUUGUAUUUUUCUUGUUUGCCUUUGUCGCACCUCCAGCUUAAAAGACACCUAAGCGAGUACGACACACCUGCAAAGAAGGGUUUUUUUUUGUAAUUCUCUUUCUUCUUGUCAUCUCCGACUUCUUUUUUACGCUCUAUUUUUUUUCCCAGUUGCGGCGUCCAGCGCCUUUCCCCCCUUUCGUCUUUUGCCGGGUGCGUGCCAUGACAGAAUUUGAUUCUCCUACAAUUUCGGUUGUGAUGUUUCUCACCCACUCAACUCCUUUUUGUUUAUUCGUAUUCAAGGCAGCAGAAUUCGCCUUCUCGCUGUUUUCUCCACCGCACCAUCAACAAUUCUUUUCCCCUGUUUUUGGAUGUGUUUAAGUGGUCUUGAGAAAAACAAUAACAACAGGGCUGUCUUCUCCGCCUUUCUACGAUUUGGCGAAGCGGGGCGAUGACGAUGAUUUUUACGAAGGUAGGCAGAUGCGGGGGCCGCAUCGAGAAGACGGAGUACACACAAGAAGUAUUCAUCACGCAAGCGAAAAGAAAG